AUGCUCAUCGUAUUGCUUGCUCUUUGUAUACAAUUGUCGAUACAAACUGAAGUUGAAUAUAAGCAUUUAGGUCGACCAUGUCAUAUUAAUCAUUGUGAUAAUGAACAUGUUUGUAUACGUCGAAAAGAUGUUGCUUUUCGAUAUCGUUGUAUACCAAAAAGUUAUUUUAAACAACAUCCAGAUAAAAUUACUGAAUGGAAUUUAAAUCCAUCAUUAAUCGAUGAAUUAGUUGAUGCUACAAAAUGUCAAUCAUGUUUAAGUGAACCAUUGAAUUAUGUUUGUGGAACUGAUGGACGUGUCUAUCGAUCACCUUGUUUUGUUAAAUAUUUUAAUUGUCUAUUAGAUACAGAUAUACAAAUUGCAUGUAAUAAAGAAUGUCCAUGCAAUGAUACAAGUAGAAAGCAAAUAUUUUUAAUAAAAGAUUUUAAAAAUAUUCAUGUUAUAGGUUUAGAUGAAGAAAAUUCUGAAGCGAUGGAUUUCAAUGUUAUGGAAAAUGUCAUUAGUGAUCCAUUAGCUGAUGAUAGUUCGGAUGAUCCAAGAGGACAUUAG